GUUCAGGCGCCAAGUGAAUCUUAUUCCUCAACCCUUUGACCCAGCUCUAUUAGCUUUGCGGGCAGCAAUGUCCAAAAGAUUCUGAUCUUUCGACCAUAACUGAACAAUUCGCCACAUCAUGUCGAUGUUCUCUAAUGCCCAUACAUUCUCUCUUACCGCCAACGAGGUCUCCUCGGUUGCCGGAGACCAGAACAUCAGCUACCACAACUAUGAACCUUUUUCUAUUCACAUCGAAUCCGCUCUGGACGGACGUUCAGUAGGGAAUCCAUUGCGCUAUCAACCUCACCCUCUUCCUUCUCUCAAUGAUCCCUCCCUGCCUGCAAAUAUCCGCUACUCUCUACACUUAUUAUCCGCCAAGGAAGGGUAUCCAUUAUGGAGGCCGGAACCAAAUCGACGAUUACCGGAAGAACAUCGUAAAGGUGGCCUCCCUAUCGGGUCUGUUGGAAUUAUACGACCAGACGGUUUUUUCGAUUAUCUUUUCAACAUUUGCUUCCCCAAAGAUCAUCCAGUCAAUACCGGCGGUGUUCCGGAAGGAUUUAAGCCCGUUGAGUUCAGCCAAACGGAUGUUUCUGAGGUUGAGCCAUUUCAUGAUCUUGAUGCUCAUGUGGCGAGCCCUACUGGGUAUAUAGCCAAGACUUUAGCGCAUUCGGGAAGUUCUUAGUGCGUGCUUCUGAUGACUUCAAAGACACACCUACUUACUUUCCCGAGUAGUGUCGCUCAGUCAAGAGCUUAUGAUUUCGUGUCUAUGCAUCCCGAGGGUGCCAUAUUGAUGCUGCCAGACGGUAGCACACGUAUUGACCUUGAGAAUAAAAAGAUAUUUCGUCAAUACGCCACUCGUAACGCUCAUCGUUGGUUCACCUACGUUGAAGAUGCUCGGGGGCGAGAGUCCGAAGACCUAUCCCUUUAUAUAAUCACAGGUACCGACAAGUCUUCUUCUUUCGGUGUCGCAUCUUUUUGCAAU